AUGCCUGAGCAGGAAGACGGAAACAAAGCAAGUGACAAUAGUGGGCGGAGUCUGGUGGUUCAUUGGUGGCCGUCUCCCUGGCAGCGGGGGCCUCCGCGUCCACCUCCACGAGUCGCGAAGCGACAUCCACGUCCGGCCGCAGGAGUCAGCGGCGGGCAGAGCAUCAACCUGGCGCUCAGUCGUCGCGGCAGGGAGGCCCUGAGAGCAGUGGGUCUGGAGGACGAGGUGCUCUCAAUGGCCAUUCCCAUGCGAGCUCGAAUGAUCCACCCACUGAGCGGGACGCAGUACGCUAUUCCCUACGGGACCAAACGGGACGACUGCAUCUAUUCUGUGAACAGACGAGCCCUCAACGAGCUACUCCUGACCAAGGCAGAGGAGAGCCCUAACAUUUCCAUUCAUUUCGAGAGCCGACUCCUACAGGCUGACCUCGAAACAAACACACUGGUUUUUAGCGAUGGAGCCACGGGAAAGAAGACGGUUCAGACCGAGUUUGUUUUCGGGUGCGAUGGGGCCCACUCGACAGUUCGUAGACAGAUGAUGAGGUGGGGCCGACUCAAUUAUCAGCAGGAGUACAUCCAGCCACGGCUACAGGGACUCACCAUGCCUCCAACUCCCAUCAGGGACUUUGCCAUGGAACCAAACUUCAUCCACAUCUGGCCACAUCACGAGUUCAUGAUGAUUGCUCUUCCCAAUCGCGACAAGUCGUUCACCCUCACCCUCUUCAUGCCUUGCAGCGUGUUUGAGUCGAUUCGAAAUGAAGAUAGCCUCCCCACGUUCUUUCAAGCCCAUUUUCCCGAUAGCAUCAAUAAGAUUGGAGUCGAGCGUCUCUAUAAAGACUACUUUGCUAACCCGCAGGGAAAGAUGAUACCAGUCAAGUGCUCCCCACACUUCAUGGCUGGAAGCACUCUCAUUCUCGGGGAUGCCGCACAUGCCGUCGUACCAUUCUACGGGCAGGGGACAACUACAUCGAGAUGCGCUCCCACGUCACCUCGCCCCUGUUCUUAA